CCAGUUUCAAUAAAGACCAAAAGAUUGGAGGAGUCAUGGUUUACUAGGUCUGGCACCUCUUGUGUUUCGUUGUAGUUGAGACUGAGCCGAAAAUGGGUUUGCUUGCUUGCCUUGAGUCGAAAAAGGACAGUUGAAAGAAGGUCAAAAAUUGUCGUGGGAGGAGAAAUGCAAAGACCAAAAAUUAUUCAUCAAAGCGAAAGUCACUGAGAGGGAUCCCAAAACACCCCCCUUUCCCUAGCCAAAGCGGACACUCACCCUACGUACAAGACGCCUCUUCCCGGUCCCUUGCGCCUCCUUUAAUCGAUGUUGACGUGGUUACGGUUGUCUCAAUAAAUAUGUGUUAUGCUACCCCAUUUGAUUAUGUUUUCUUUUGUCAGGACGACCUAAUCAGAAUGUUGUUUUCUAUAGCUCUUACGAUCAUGCUGAAAUUCUUCCCUUGAUAUUUCUUCAUUCAUCAAAUGAAGUCAUGCAUUGAUUAAUGUUUUAUACUACGCAGAUUAUCUACUAGGUUAGCGUUAGGCAGAUUUCUUUUGCCUUAUUUACUUUACAUAGACCUCGAUGUCAUCUAACUAUUCAUACGACAAGAAAAGGAUGACAUAAUCUCGUGGCUGCGCGACGGAGCGGUAGCAAUCGAGGAAAUGCUUCUGUUCCCCUCUCUGUUCCGGUGGCCUCAAAAUGUCAGUGCACUACAUUCUCGCCGAGAGCGUAGAGGUGGACUGCUGUGGCGAGCGGGCCCAUCUGCCUUACGAUCGGGUGGAACAGUAGCACUACUAUCGUCGGCAUUUUCGUUGACCCCGUUGCACAUCCGUCUUUAUUAUGCUGCCGCGAGGCAGAUGAAGCACAGGGAUGAUCAAGGUACAAGCCGCUCGGAUGAUAUUUGGACUUUCCAUUAUUUUUAGAACUCUUUGCAGUGUCAUUGUAUUAGUGAAUGUUGACUUAAAAGACUGUCUGCAGUUUAUUUUCUUUUUAUCCAUUCUUGAGUCUCAAUACCUCUCAGAGAAGUCCUCUUCUCCUGUUUGGUCAUUUCUUUGCUGUACUAGUGUGAACAUAGACCCUUUUGUUCUCAUACUGCUCAUCAAUAUCAUUCAUUGAGCCCCCGAUUCUACAGAUACUCCAUGGGACCGGGAGCCACCUGACAUGAAUGGCGGCGGUGAGGCAACCGACACCGAUAUCCCAGAGGAUGAAGAUCCCCAUAAGGCCGCGAGUUUUGUCGUUCUUUCAACGGGUGAAGCAGAGCGAUCCAAAACUGCGGCGGGCGACAUUGAGGCGCAGAUCAAAAUCUUAGCCGGGAUGAUUAUGUCGCGAAGCCUACUCUCUUUUAACCACUGGAGCGGUGGGUGUUCAUUCUACCAGCGUUGAAAAGAUCGCGUUCAUUUUAGUGGUCGUUGAUACGCUGGCUGGGUCACCGCUCGGAAGUGAAAUUCUUGGUGACCCGUGAGACCAGACCGUGUGGCUGCGGCGCGACGCGGCCCUGUGCAACGUGACUUCCUCGCUAUUUUAAGUAGCGUUAUCACGGCUGAUGGCACACAGGGUGAAGGGCGCGGCCCCAGCGUAGUGCCCCAGCGGUGAGCUACGUACCUGAGUUGAUCUAUGUGCAGUGGCACAAAAACAAAGAUCCACUCACUCAGUGGCCAGACUGAGCUAUGCAAGCGUGCACUACAGGAAACUCAAGUGAGUGGACUGUGAGACCCGGCGGGGUCAAAUUCGUGAUGCGAUCACAAAAUAUUCAAUAGGCCCGCGUGGCCUAGGCUGGAACCAGCGGGUUCCCAGAACACUAUCAAAUGGACUCCGGCGUAAAUAACUGAGUGAGGAAAAACGACAGUAGUUAGAGCGGAGUCCAUAUCAUCCAAAGGGCUUCAUAAAAGAUAAAAUUUUGCGCAUAGGCUUGACCUUCUAGAAAACUGCGCUCAGUGCCCUUUUGGCGACCUUAGACAAAAAGACAAGACAUGGCGGCAGCAGCCGACGACGUGCAGGGGCUACAGGACGUAGCGCCCGCUCCAGUCACCUGCAGCGGCAGCGGCGGCACCUGUCCUCCCCUACAUCUUCCGUUUCACCUUGGCAGCUGAACUGCCUGAUGACGCAAAACAGCAGUUCACGCAACUGUGUGCAAACUACACACAGGACGCCGGCACGCGUGCACAUGUCGACGACAUCGUCAGCGCUCUAGUGUCUACUAACGUGCUGCAAGUGUUCUGCGACCACAUGAGCCGCCAGUUGUGCAAUGAACUCGCUGGUGCAAGGGAUGAAAACGGCAACAACAUGGACCAGGAAGCGCAGGGCCGCAUCGUCAUGGUCAUCCUCCUGGGCCGGCUGGUAAACCAGGGAAACCCUGACUCGACUGGGCCGCAGUUUCAACUGCAGCACCUCGAGAACUGCCUCAACAUCUGGGGACUGCCACGCCAAGGCACAAAGGCAGACAAGUGGUGGCGCCUACAACAACACGCGCAUCAGCUACGUCAGCAGGGGCAUGCGCGUCAGCAUGAAAACUUCGUGCCGUACGCUGCGGCGCGCUAUGCCGAUGGGUCCAAUGCCAGCGUGGUCUUUAUGGGACCACCACCACCCGGGGGAGGAGCGCCUCCCCAGGCUGCAGCGGCAGCCAUGCCGCAAAACAACGUGGUACUCCCGGGUGCGGUACUCCAAGCGCUGGAGCAAAUCGGUAUCACACCAGCCGCGCGGGCAGCGUUGAUCGGCCAGGCAAAUAACCUCAUCGACGCACAGCAACAUGCACCCUACGGGGGAAGUGCGCCAGUCAAUCUGGUGCAUAGCCCGCACGCAACACAACUGCCACAUGAGGAAGCUGCGCGCUGGCUACGGGAUGUGAACGGCAACUGGCGCGACAUCCAGGCUGAGCCGGAGUGUGCACCAAUCUGGCGCGGGAGCACGUUGCUACCGAUCCAGACUCAGGCGCAGACGCUCAAGACCCACAUCAAGGACUUGCUGCUGGACUGGCGCGGCAACGUAGUAGAACAACACCUACAUCGACUAGCUACGUGCAUCCUCAUCCACCCGUUUUCCAUGGCGUUUCGCACAGUCCAGCGGCUACCGGAGUCGGAGAGGCAAGUCUGGCGCCGCCUCCUGGUUAUCCUCGUCGCGAAUGGAAUCUGCACAGAACAGGACCUGGCAGAGUUCGCGGCAGCAUGGAAGCCGUCCACCCUGGCUGGGGCCACACAGCAGCGUCAUGAUGUUGCAUACAAAAACCUGGGCUGGCUGGAGGCGAUGAAGCUACCGGACGCUAUGGCGGAUAAGACGGUCUAUGAACAUGCAGUCAAGACCCUGGCGAAGGAUAAGGUCACAAAACUAGUCCAAGGGAUGCCGCCAGCUCAAAACGAUGCAUACAACCUCUCGCGCAUCUUCGAGCUAACUAGAAACUGCAAGACCAACCUCUACGAGAAGGGAGAAAAGGCCAUCCUCAUGGCCAGCCCAUGCAAAGCGAACGCUGACGCUACCCAGUUCGGAGCACUGCUGCGAACGUCACUAGUAGUUGAAGAACGCACAGAUCUGCACGCGGCGGAGGAGGCAUAUGCGAACAUCAGACCAAAAGUACAAUCCGUCUCCAAGGCGGACCUUUGUCUGCAUAUCCUCCCCGCGGCUGUGUUCAUGCUGUAUGACAACGUCCCUCCUUCAGCUGCAACUGGGGCGCCUGCAGCUGCAAAUGGACGAUCUUUGUGCUACAUCAUGACGCAUGGAUGGACCAUCCUAGUCGCGCUUAUACAGGGGCGCAAAAAACACUGGGCCGAACAUCAUGGUGCACAGAAGUGGGGAAAGGAUGACGACGAUAGCGAUGAUGGAGGUAGUGGCGCUGGUCCAGGCCCUGGCACGAAGCGCCACCAAGAAGAGCAUGGGCGCCAAUCCAAGAAGGCCAAGAAGGGCACGAGGGGCACCUCGAGCAACAACAGCACCUCGUAGAAGUCUGCGCCCGGCACUGUCAAAACGGCGCUCAAGGAGGGGCGAGUCGGCCCCAUCCUAAGGCGCAAGUGGUCAACCUACGUGGACGCGGCUUUCAAGAGCGGGCCCACCUUCGCCCUAAACUCAAAGGGCGUCGCGGAGUCGCCCAUUGUCGAGGGUGUGGCAUUGCCGGCCGGGAUCUGCAAGCAGUUCGCUUUCUCCAAAUGCCAUCGAAAGCACUGCGACCUGCGAGUUCAUCCACUUCGUGCAGCGCCGCCACCGCUUCCAGAUCGUCAGGCCCAAACUAGUGCAACUACAACUAGAUAUGGCCGCAAAGGGCAAGUGCGGGAAACCUGACGAAUGCACUGCGGAGAUCAAGGAUGACGACGCGGAUGAUGAAGAAGAAAAACAGCCGAGAGCCGACGGCAAAAAGGGAAAAGGCCGAAAAGGCCGAGGGGGCGGCUAAAUGCCGCAAACAGGAGAGGCGAAAAUAUAAAAUCUCCUGGCACUGCUCAUGCAGCAGUAAACCGUAGUUAACAAUAAGCACGAAGCAACUAAACCAAACAAAGGACGAAGCUGAUUGUUUAAGUAUGCGUGGCCUUGUAGCUACAGACUCUUGCCUUGAUAUGUAAAAAGUUAGACGGCUGUCGGUCUUGGCAGCUGCCCACCCGGUGCCCCGACGUUUUUUGUUUUUUGUUUCUUGUGUGCUUAGGCACACCUCCAUGCGAUGGAGCUCAUAUCUUCGAAGUCAAUCAUUCAUACCACUACGGGAGCGCAGCCAGCGGGCUGCGCCUACGCUCCCACCACAAUACGAGUGUAAGCAGAGCACUGAAAUCAAAGUAAAAAACUCAAAGCAGCGAGAACAUAACAAAACACUAAAGCCGCUUGAAAAUGCAGCACAUUGAAACGAUAGCAAAGCAUGGCGUGGGCCUUUCUCAUUGGACCUCUGCGCAUGUAGUUCCGCGGGGACUACGAGCCAUACAUGUGCGGCAUGCGAUGCCGCUAACUUGCGAGGUUAGUGUCCAGCGGCGCAGUCCCGCGGGGACAACGUGACGCCGGGGACGGAGAGACCCACUGAGAGUGAGUCAGGAGAGAAAUAAGUAUCAUAGCACUGCUUAACUAAGACUAGCGUACUACAUGUAUAUACAUAAAUAUCUAAAACUUAUAUCAACUACACUACAGCAUGGAACUGCCUUGGUGGCAGCGAGCCACAGCACAGCGCAUCGAUGCACAGCGCGCGUCAGCGACGGCGGUCGCGCUCCCCAGCGUGGGGAAGAAGCCAAAAUGCGUUAGUGCGGCGGGGAGCCAGACGAAGCUCUUCCCACUAGCGGGCGGCCCGCUCUCGGAUGCCGCUGCGCUGGUGACGUCUAGCUUUCCUCAAGGGAAUGGCUCAGCAGCCUCCCCUCUACAUCCAUCUCUGCAGCCACAGUCUCCGCUAAUAUCGGCGAUGCGAAGAUGUACAACGCGGCGGGGCCCAGGGCAAAAGCCUUCGCACGGCAGACCAACCCCAUGGAGCAACAACUACUCAGACGUAGCAAGGAGUUGAACACGCUGCAGCAGAACGCCGCCGCAUAUGAGCUGUUCCGGGAAUGGCUCCAAUACCGCUGUGUGCCUGCUAUCCCACCGUGGGAGAAGAUCAGCUUCACCCACUUGGAGCUGUAUUGUCUACAUCUAGUGGAUACUGACCAUGCCGCGUGUAGCGUCAUGAACACCAUCAAAAUGUUGGCCAAGUUCCUCGUCUCCCCGCCCUUAGAUGCGACCGGCCGCGCGCAGUUCUUGCUGGUGCCUGACGCAACAGGCAUGCAGCCCAAGGCAUUCGCCGACGCCGAAGAGGAUGCUAAGAGGGCCGUCAACAAGCAGCCAACAGGCAAAGCGCGGCCACUACUUGUUAAUAGUGUGGUGAGCGCACUCUCUGGGGACGAGAGAGCCCUGCUGGCGCUGUGGUGCGUGCUGGGUGUACGAGCUGCGACCUUGAAGAAAAUGCUUCCACGUCACAUCGUGACCACGACCAGCACGGUGCAGGUUUACAUCGCUGCCGAUAAAGUAGACGGCGUCGCUGGCCGCACGGUCACGGCGUCUUGCUGUUGCGAACAGCCAGGGAUGCGGUACUAUGUACUGUGCCCCCUACACGGUCAAGACGGAGAGCCGUUCAACUACACGGCCGGCCUGCAGCUCCACCUACUACCAGGCAUCCUCAACAAACUGGAAGUAACUGAGCACUCCGCCAGGAGAGCCGUUGCGCUGGCAGCUCGUGCCAACAUCGAGGCGGGUCGGCAGACAAACUUGACAGUGUUCAUGUAUGGCCGCGGCUGGACGUCACCGGCGACCUUCCAGGAAUACGCGGCUGAUCUCGAGGACCACAGAUCCUCCUUGCUGCUGCUGCCGCGCAUCAAUGGCAUCUGGCCCAUCGCUGCUUCCAGCCCAAACUCGUCACAUGGUUUCGUCUUCAAAGGCCGCAGACUCGAAUUCACUAAACGUGCAGCAGUUCAGAAGUACAAGAAGAGCGAAGUGACGGAAGAUGCUGCUGGAACAGGUCAAGCAGCAGCGAAAAACGCCGGCAAAACAGCUUUCCGCGUCUCCAAAGCAAAGAUGAUGGCGCGGGGGAAGCCCGCUAAGGUGCGCCUAUAAGUCAACGGCAGAUGCCUCCCAAUCAGCAGCGUGAAGAACAAAGUCGCAACGAGUGCCACACUCGGCGACUACAAGAAAAACAAGAGAGGCCGGCCGAGCAACGUCCCACCAACAAACACGGCUUCCGCCGCGUCGUCGUCAUCUGUUAGCGUCACAGCAACACAUCACCGCAGCAAGAAGUGGGAAGAACUGCCGGCCUUCUACCGCGAGCAACUCAUCAGCGGCAGACGUGAAGUCCCUAUGUGCCACCAGGAGUCAGUCCGCAAGGCACGAGUACUACGCAGCGCCGCGUGGUCGCGUCUCGUCGAACACUAUUGGGGGCGCUACGCGUCCAACACAUUUGGGGGUCGUGUCUACGAGCCUGAGUGGCUCUUAGGAUGGUGCGACCAUCCACCGACCUUCCGGAUUUGACUGCGCGGUGGUUAACCACGCGUGCGAGCUCUGCGAGCUCCAGUGGCGCGGCCACGUGGGCUACGUCUUGACGUAGCUCCCAACCCGCUGCGAGCGGGUCUUUUCAAGCCUGGUGCACGACCAGGCUCGGUUCUAGCAGCUAGUACGGAAAACGGCCUAGGCCGCCCUAGACUAUCGGGAUUGUUUUGGUUGUGGUGGUGAAGUAGUGAACAACGAGAUCAAACCUGUGGCUAUGCCACGCACUAUGUGCCAGUAAUGCGGAUGAGGCGGUGUUCUAAAGAGAGGUCGCGAAGCCUACUCUCUCUUAACCGCUGGGGCGGUGGGUGUUCAUUCUACCAGCGUUGAAAAGGUCGCGUUCAUUUUAGUGGUCGUUGAUGCGCUGGCUGGGUCACCGCUCGGUAGUGAAAUUCUUGGCCCACCACCACCCCGAACUCCACACGGACUACACAUCCUCCACAACAGCAGGCUACAUGGAGUAGACCGCCCCUCAUCGGCACCACAAAAAAAAACGCAGGCUCAACCUCCUAGUGCAGCCGUCUCGGCGCCCGACCCAAACCGGGAUCGACGCCAAGCGGCGGAAAUUAUCCACAUCGUGCAGCAUGUACUCCAGGAGGCAGCGCUCCACAGCACAUCAACAAUACCGAGCGAUACGCGUUGCAGUGUCAACCUGUCCAAGGCACAGCGUGGGGAAUGGCUGAACAGGCUGCGCGCUGAACAAACUGCGCAGCGCCAUUCCGUUCCUGGACGAACUCGAAGCUACCACGCGUAGAGCUAGCAGCGCGCUCCUAGCCACCGCCAAGCCACAUCUUCAAAAAGUGUUGGGCCUCGGCACCGACUGCGAGAGGAACCGCGUGGCGCUGCGGCACCUCAUCACGUGGCCCGGACACCAAGAUAAAAGCCUACCAGAUGACAUCUUGCGUGGGCUGCGCUGCUAUGGAGACGCGGACUCGUCGGGGGUCUGGCCUUUGGACAAAAGUGCAGCUCCACUUACUACCGAGGAAGUGCAGCGGUUUUCUCAAUGCAGCGGCCUGGGUAAAAAAGGCGAAACCCACCGCGUGGCCGGGCGAGUUAUUGGAUGGCUUGAUUGAUGAAGCGGAGAAGAUGGCUGCCGCUGGCUGGUAUGAGGAAAUCCAACCAUCACAACUCGAGAAGAUCAGGCAGAUCGUGGAUGCCGCGCAUUAUAAUAAUUUCUCUGUCCUGCUAGGGAAGGUCUCCUUGGCAGGUACUCGUAUGAUCCAAGAGGUCAUCACAUCUUUCCUAGCGCCCGUUGGUGCCGAGCACAUAGGACUGCGACUACCAGCAUCAAGCGCAUCGCGUGAAGCGUGGCAUGCUACCGAGGCCACCAGAAGACGCGUCUCCGCGUUUGACAUCCACAACAACACUAAAAAGCAGCACGAUGAUCCAUUGCCGCCGCCGCCCGUCGCCUCCGCCGACGAGGCCGCUGCUGCGGUAGUCAAGUGGAAUGAAGACCUUCGUGCGGAAGCCGGUGGCUCGCCUGGUACGCUACCACACAUGUGCUCGCGCGAUUGGAAACCCGCGCAUUUCCUUUUCGGCGUGGAGCGUCCGGAGUUCAACGCUGCAGCAUAUUUCUCAAACCUCCUAAAGCGAUGGAGGCUAUUCAGAUCCGCGUUCUUGAAUAUGGGGAACCGUCAUAGCGUCCCAGGCUUUUGCCGCGUCAGCGAGGCGGUGCGAAAAAUAGCCACAAAACUGGCACUGGUGCGCCACAUAUAUACUGAUGAUUCGUUCAUAUACUCCCCAUCCAAAGAGGGGGUCCUCCUGUCACGGCAUGUCUUCGAUCGGCUAUCGAAGCUGCUUGGUCUUCGGCUAUCGCCGAAGGCCGACGGAAACCAAUGCGCGGGGGAUGAUGGCGUCGAAUACAUCAAAGCGCUAGGGCUGAUGUACUGGCUUGAUCGGCCUCUACAGCGGGUAGUCGUGGUCUUACCUGCAGACAAGGCAGUGAAAGGCCUCAAGCUCUGCGAUGAGGUCAUAGCACAAGUCAAGGAGAAGAAGAUCAAGCAGAAGGCCGCGCGGUGCCUCCUUGGAUACGCGAACUUCUUGGUCAUACACAGCUGCCGCAGCGGCGCGGAAUUCCUCCGUGGGUUAUACCGCUGGGCGGGCGGCCAUACGUUCGCGGCCCUUGUCAAGAACAGACAGGAACGCGCGGGGCUCGCCACACUCGUGCGUGCACUACGGCGCUUGUUCUGCGACGCACCACCAAUCCUGCUGCAGCACACACCUCCGCGCCCCUACCACUGCCUCGCAGUGGACGCGUCCACGGAGACGGAUGGCGGACAAGAUGGUGGCCCUCUUCUCGGGGCACUUUUGAUUACCGCCUGCGGGACGGUGAAAGCGAUGUCCAUCGAAUUCCAGGCGCCUGAGAACGCUGGCGAAAAAGAGGCCACAAUCGAAAACCUCGAGACGCUCACGGUCGUAGCUGCGCAGCGGGCUUUCCUGCUUGAGUUUCGCGACUCAGUCAUGGUCAUGAAUGUAGAUAACACUGGACAGAUGUAUGCGCUCACUAAGGUGAGCGCAAGGAGCCGAAUAACGCAGAGGGUUGCGCCAGAGGUGGCAAUAGAGAACCGACUCAAGGGAGUUAGGGGCUGGCGCCGGUACAUUAACACUCUGUAUAACCCUGCUGAUGGCUUCAGCAGAGUUGAGUACCGCGAUGCCAGCCUCAUGCUCUGGACACCACUUGUCUAUGUGACCGAACUAAAAAUUGACUGGCGUGCGGUGCUCGUCUCGGGGGCUGCGCCUCCUCGCCCAGCGUGGGACUCGCGCCUUCGCCUGGUUGCUUCGCCGCCCGACGCGUGGGUGCAGUAUGAAGCGACCUCCGCGUUGGCGCACUGGCAUGCGAUGCCCGAUGCCACUUCUUUGCCCCCACACCGUCAUGCUAAGACCAGAAAGCGCUCUUGUUGCCCGUGUCUGAUUGACACCCACACGCAUGUCGCACCCGCGCCGCCCAAGCGUCGGGCAACUGCUGCCGCACCAGGCUCAGCCUGGGUGGCUCUUAGGAUGGUGCGACCAUCCACCGAUCAUCCGGAUUUGACUGCGCGGUGGUUAACCACGCGUGCGAGCUCUGCGAGCUCCAGUGGCGCGGCCACGUGGGCUACGUCUUGAUGUAGCUCCCAACCCGCUGCGGGCGGGUCUUUUCAAGCCUGGCGCACGACCAGGCUCGGUUCUAGCAGCUAGUGCGGAAAACGGCCUAGGCCGCCCUAGACUAUCGGGAUUGUUUUGGUUGUGGUGGUGAAGUAGUGAGCAACGAGAUCAAGCCUGUGGCUAUGCCACGCACUAUGUGCCAGCAAUGCGGAUGAGGCGGCGUUCUAAAGAGAGUAAGGCCGCUGUAGCAAAUUCGUUUUUCACGGCGUCUGUGAAUGUUGGACCACAAGACAUAGCACAGGUUGCGAAGUCUUGGCAAGUUGAAGCGUCUCGUGGAGAAACGUUGAGCGAGGCUCUUGCCUGAUGCAAUUGGGCCCACCGCCUGAAGCAAAUGGCCAAUGGCUGGCUUCAUCCCUGUGGGCACUCGUCUUGGGGUUGAGGGGAGGCCCCUGGUGCUUCUUGGGGUAUCAUGAUGGGGGGAAUUCCGUGCGCUCCUAAUAUUGGGACUCUGUUGCUAUCGUCAUCAAUUUCGUGCGAUCAUCUACGCCGACACCCAUCUGGUUCCUGCUGAAUUUAGUGGAUGGAUACGCGUCAGACCAUAGGGGAAGCUAUCACGCGGGCACGCUAUGACGGUCCUCAGCCUCAUCCGCUUCGAACGGGUCAGAACUGGCAAGGAAGUACGGGCACACAUGGCUACAGCUAUGACCAUGGGCGCGCUGCCUCUGCUAUCUGAAAACGCUGCAGGCCUUUGCCUUUGCUUGUUGAUCGCUGGCUUUGGAACUAUAUACACUCAGGCCCUUGGGCUUGUUCCGUGGGGUCUUUUGUUGCGGCCAGGAGGGCGCCAAAGUUAGGGCAUGCUCAGGGGAGUGCAAUGGCUACGGCUUUGGGUAAUGUGCUUCACCAUCCUCCGCGAUGUCGCCCCUGUCUUGUGACUAGGUAGCGCCAAUUUGCACAAGCACAGGACAAAAGUGAGAAGGCCAAGCGAUUGCCUUUUGCUGUUGUUAUUUUAUGAAGAUCCCUCCGGCUUAAUGCAUUCCAUCCGACUAGGCUAACUAGAUCGCGGCCGUCUGUUUUCUAUCAUUGUUAGCAAUGUCCACCGACUGAAUACCGACCAAACAUUUACACCACUAGAAUGGACACACUGGAAACCACUACCACACGCAUGCAAUUCAGGGAAAUUACUCGGGUCACGAUUACCAGCCUGCGGGUGAGAAAGGUGACACGACUACCACUAGGAUACGCAUGAAGAUGGUGACUACUACUAGGAUGAUGAUGAUGAUGAUGAAACUACUCGGGGAACCUGGGAACCGUUGGGACCUUGGUGCGGUUUGUCAUUCUGGUGGGGAUCUUCAUACCAUGGGAGGAACAUACGAAGGACCAGGAACAUAGGCGGGAACGACUGAAAUCAGAACCAGCAGCAUAGGGAUUCAAGUGGAUCCUUAUGGUGAUCCUUCACAAACUCGACCUGGGUCUAUCUUGCUUACAUUCCCCCUUUCAAAGUAAGGACCACCACACAAAACUACACGCGCCAAGUGUUACACACGACUCCCGAUCACAACUUCGAGAAAGUGACAAAAUGCGCUCUGGCUACGGACCUCAAUUUUUCGUCGUCUUGCGCACGAAAUAGCUGUAGAUAUUUGACACUACUCAGACCUUUCGCGAGAGGGUCUGCUCGGUUCAAGUCCGUUGGACAAUAACGCAGGGUCUUGGCAUGGUCGCGGACUGCGUGACACCGAAGAUCGAUGUGCUUCGAUCGCUUCGCCGUUACUGUAGACUUAAUGAGACCUAGAGCAGACUCACUAUCCACAAAUACAAGGGGGGCACCUCCUGAGCCUUCUGUCUCUAGAUACCAAUCAAGAAAGCCUUGGGCCGUGCGCAUCUUGAUAGUGUCACAUGCAGCGACAUACUCAGCCUCACAAGUGCUAUGUGCUCUGACUGUUUGUCGUUUGACGGACCACGCUGCGGGAACUCCGCGAAAGUGCAAGGCGCUACCACUGGUUGACUUCAGGGCUACUGUACAACCAGCAAAGUCAGAAUCGCUGAACGCAACUGACUUACCUACCUCUUUACCAGCUUCCGCCGCUACCUUUCUGUAUACUUUGUUGAAAGAAACCAAGUCUCGACCUCGGGGGAGUAUUCGAGGCCUACGCCUUUUGUACCUUUUAAGUAUUGAGGAAUGCGCUUUGCUCUCUUCUUUGUGUUCUCAGUGGGGUUAGCCACUUCACGGGCCACGCGUUGUGCUGGGAAUACUAUGCCCACUCUACACAGGGUUGCGAUAUACAUCAAACCUCCGACCAGACUACGCAACGGGAAGUCGCCAGUCGUAGGGGUAUCGGAUUCAUUUCAGGACUGUACAACACGGGCGAGGACACAGCUCGACGCUCGGCAAUGUUGAAUCUUCGCAAUAGACGACCGACUGCCUCACGCGUGUGAAUCUUGCACCACCGUCGGGAAGGGUUGUACUCUAAUACUGCUCCCAACAUGUCCCAAACUUUAGCGCCGUCGCCUUUUACAUCGGGACCGAUCACCUUACCGGGCUACUUAGCGAGAACGUUACCCAUUUCACUUGGCUCACUUCUCACAAUUUCAACAGACGCACCACUGAUUACGCUGUCGCCAACAUAGACGCUCACUGUGAGGACACUGCCGCAGACUUCUUCUCGAAAUAGGCCGGGUGCACGGGGACACAUCUCCCAGCCGUCGACGCUUUCUGCCGAUUACCUAACGCAACAAGUCGGGCUUUAUACCUACCACACCUCUUACGAGUAUAGAUGACCACACUAGGCGCGACGUCAUCUCCUGGCUGACGCUCUCCUUCUUCUAACGGUCGCCAGCACUUCAUCGCCUCGAGUGCUAGGCGCUCCCUGUCGUCUGCUUCCAACCAUUUGACGGCGUCGGGACCUUCGUGGGCCUCGGACUUUGUCGCCGUUACUGUGUACAAGUAGGACUCUUCCUCUGUUUCGUCAGAGUACUUUUGGCACAUUUCUGGCACAUCUUUACCAAUGUCAGGCAGAUUGCUUCGCAUUUCGUCUAUAUCGUCUACUGUCUGAGCAUAGGCGAAGCUAUCUGCUGCCAACAUAUACGACAAGAGGGCGCCUGCUCUACAAAAUGAUGCUACAAAAGUCGGCUUGGGGCCAGGCUUCUUCCCCCAUGGUUUUGCUUUGCAACCUUUUGGACGACCGCGCUUACGCUUCGUAACACUCACCAGGGGGGGAGCCCGCAGGAUUUCUUCUUGCUGAUCGUUGCUACUACUAGCGGGAAAAGGGGAGGACGGAUUAUUUACUUCGGGGGGUACUGACGAAUCUGACUUACCAUCCACCGCACCCACCUGGGGAGGAUCCGCUGGGGGAUCACCGUCGGCGAUAUUAUCACCUGCUGACUGUUCAGGCGCACCCCCGUCACCCUUGUCACCAGGAGCCACACUAUCCAGGUGAUCAGAUCCGGUAGGAGCCACACUAGGAUCGUCAGGCACCCGAGGAGCAACACCAGGAACACCUUCAGGGGAUAUAUUUACUUCUUCAAGCUGCUUGUAGUCAGGAUACUUUACGAAUACUCAUCCCUUAUCGGGUUCUAGGUCGUCGAUGUUGGAAAUCAAGACAAACUCACCAAAUCGAGCGGCUCUGCUUUCAAUGGCGGAAAACUUCACGCCGAGGGCUGUUCGAUUAUCCUCCCCCCAGACACCUACCAAGAAACACGAAUUGCGCGAAUAUCCUAGAAAUGUACCACGCUCGGCUCUGGGGGCCAACUUGCUCGAAGUAGCUACGUGAAUCUUUGCAAAGCACAAACACCCAAGAUGACGGAAGUGCUUCGUAGAAGGCUGCCUGCCGUAACGUUUUUCAAAGACGCUCAGUCCGUCCCUUCUAGGUAGUCUUUGAUAAACGUGAGGCGCGUAGGGUAGUCUUCUGCACACCAAGACCAGACUCCGUUGUCGACUCCGAUGAGGUUUGUACGGAUCGCGUUUUGCGAAGUUUGACUCCAUCUUUCUGCGAUGCCAUUACCACGCCACGGGGUGUAUACUGCACUAUACUCGGCGCGAAUUGAUGGGGCUUCCUUGCUUUGCACAAAACAGACGCCAGCGAGAUCCUUCACCCUUGAAAGCAGGCUCGUGGUCACUACGAACGGCUUCCGUCUGUUUGUUGUCUCUGGUCCACCGUCGGAGACCAAGACGACGCUCGUCUUUAGCUUUCAGUGCGUAGCUAUCUGGCCAACCUAGAUGCUGCUCUAUCAUAGACAGACGCCAGAUCUCCCCAGUAACAGCACGGGGAUACUGUCCUGUAAAGUCGCAGUCUAAUUUCUCACUGAGUUUGGUCGCCACCGUAUGAGCAGGCCGCUCACCAGCGCCAGAAGCCCUAACUUUUGACAUGUUCGCUGCACUCGUGACGGUUGUCGACUACUGGACUUGGGGCGAAAAGAUGUCCACACUGCUGAUGGGCCCUAAGCUUAGCCGCAGUGGAGAGUGAAGCCGGAGCCCCCUCCUGAACCUUAGCUGGGCUAGCCGAAGUUGACUCUGUCUUCUUGUAGAAGUCAACGUCUACCACAGGUAGACCUGUUUGGGUUUCGUUGAUGUAUACGGGAACACACCAACCAGAAGCCUUAUGCAGGGUAUGCGACUCUGGUUUAUCGAGAGCGACACUGUAACCGUCUUCGUUUAGUGCGUCAGCACUGACUAGCAUCUGAGUAAGCUCCGGGCGGAAAAGGCCAACCGUGAGCCCCAAGGAAUUCUCUUUGAAGAUACCGCUCACGGCGGGGCGUGAAGGUGCUCUGUCCGCCACAUUUAGACUGGCGCGCUGUGUGCGGUGCACACACCUAAAAAGACUUUCGUCGCCACUCAUGUGGUGCGAAGCACCACUGUCACAAACACAGGGGGCCACAGUGUUUACUUUCCUUGUCUUGGAAACACCACCAAGAAAACAACUGCCAUCAUCUUCGUCGUCAUUGCCUUCACCGUCGUCGUUGCUCUUACUAUCUAUGUAUCUCACCACUUAAAUGCAGGCGAUAAUCUUUGCUCUUUGAAAACAGUGCGGAAUCUCCUUUGUUUUGUUGUUGUUGUUUUUCUUCUUUACCAUCGUCCUGAAUAUGCAGGAUCGACGUGUACGCUGCUGCUGCUGUUAGUUUCGUUCGUGACAACUCAACAGCAGCGCCGUCCGCCUUCUUUUCUUCUGAAGUGGAUGCCCAGUCACCUUCUUGGGUGCCGCUGAAAACCGAGCACAAACCCGCUACGUUUCUUUGUUCUUGUUCUGGUUGCAAGUUGCUUAAGUUGCUUCCUUUAUGGUCUGAAUGCAAACUACUUACUUUGCUUUCUUGUUGCAAAUACUUACUUGCGGCCUUUUGUUGUUCUUUGGAUGCAGGAUGAUACUCAUCCAAAUGCAAGCUAAGACGAGCUCUCUUCUUCAGAGCAGCUUUUUCUUCAUGGUGCUCUGUGUCUUCUUCUUCUUCCUCCUCUUUGCUUUGCUGGUCUUCUCCUCUUUGGCCUUCUUGUUCAGCACUGCCUAAAGCAGCAUCUUUACCAAGAUUCUCGCCUUGUUCUACCAGGAAAGAAGUUGCCCACUUCUUUCCCCCCGCCUGGGGACAUGCUGCGCGCGUGUGCCCCUUCUUGCCACACAGGUGACAGGCUCGCUGUGCUGGUUCUACCCAUCCUCCGGUGGAUGUGUUGCCGUCUUUGCCGUGCUUUCCUUUACCUUUGCCUUUGCCUUUCUUCUUUUCAAAGGGCUUACGUACCUGCCAAGGGUUACCACCGGAAAGCAAAGCGUUCGCGUUUUGCUUCUGCGUCUGAGUAUUGAUAGCGCCACGCGCCAGCCUUUUCAACUCAGCCCUUGACACAAAAGCGCCGCCGGCUUCUUCUUGUUGGACCUUCUUGCUGUUGGUCGUUGUGCCGGCGGGUGACAUAUUUACGUGGCCGCCGUCUUCGCCCUGCAGCCGGAAAUGCUCAUCAUACUCACGAGCGUAGGUUCUUAGUUCUUCUGUUCUUUUCGGUCCACCAAUAACAUGAGGGAUCAUUUGAGAGGACAGAGGAUCUCCUAGGCGGUAGAAGAUCCCGAAGCGUAGAAGUUCCUUCUUGAGCAUCUACUUUACCACCGAGCUCAUCGCGCGAGAUGGCCUCCUUCCUGUCGAUGAAUGCGUCGACUGUCUCUUCCGGUUGCUUCGCCGAGUCUACCAAAGAUUCAAUGCUGCUCAUGCGUGCUUGUUCUGUUGCCUCGGUGCAACGCUUACGCAGUUUCUUCAGCUUUGCCAUAAGCGUGCGGCUUUCGCCUGCGUUGGUGGUAGUAACAGCUUGCAACUGUUUACCUCGAGCGGCGCCUGGAAGACCCAUUUCGAGUCUGCGUAGCGUGUUGCUUUCGUUUAAGCUCCACUCUACUUCUGUGCCGGCCAGGUCCUGCUGGAUCUUGGUCGAAAGGGUGUCCGGGCCGUGGGCGUCCGCCACCGUUAACACAUGCUCCAACCAAGCGCGCCGCUUUCCCUUCUGCGUAAUCUCGGGCAGAACAAUUGGCCUAGGGGGCGCCAUUGUUUCGGUACUUGGUGGGGCUGGCGGCUCUCCUCCACCUGUUUCGUCUCCUGCCAUUCUUCAGACUGUUGAACGAGUGCGAAAGUUUUAGCUGCCUAGUACUGCUGUCCUACUACUGCAAACAUACAAAGGCGAAAAAGGAGGGCACUAGUAGAAUGCUAGCAAUGUCCACCGACUGAAUACCGACCAAACAUUUACACCACUAGAAUGAACACACUGGAAACCACUAUCACACGCAUGCAAGCCCGGGAAAUUACUCGGGUCACUAUUACCAGCCUGCGGGUGAGAAAGAUGACACGUCUACCACUAGGAUACGCAUGAAGUUGGUGACUUCUACUAGGAUGAUGAUGAUGAUGAUGAUGAUGAUGAUGAUGAAACUACUCGGGGAACCUGGGAACCUGGGAACCGUUGGGACCUUGGUGCGGUUUGUCAUUCUGGUGGGGAUCUUCAUACCAUGGGAGGAACAUACGAAGGACCAGGAACAUAGGCGGGAACGACUGAAAUCAGAACCAGCAGCAUAGGGAUUCAAGUGGGUCCUUAUGGUGAUUCUUCACAGACUCGGCCUGGGUCUAUCUUGCCUACAGUCAUCCAAGUAGCCACUUACUUUACUCGCUAAAGGCCUGAAGGAUCUUAGAAGUUUGACCUUAGUGGCCUUGAUGCUGAUGGUGGUGCUGCUGAUCUUGGUGCUGCUGUCGUGUUGGUCUUCUUGCUCUUGUUGUUUCUUUGGUCAGUCAUGACGCUCCUGGGUCGUUACGCUGUUGACCUCAGUACCGGCAGGGUGGUCCUGAUGCUCGUGCUUAAGGUGAUUCAUAGUCUGGAGACCGACGCCCCCCCCCUUCAGACGUAGGCUGAACGAUGCGCAGCCGGUUAGAGGUAACGCCCUCCACCAAAAUGAAGCGACCGAACAGAAAGAGAGGGGAGCAAAACAACCCGGCAAGGGCUAGCGCUCUACCUUUUGCAAAAAGAGACUCCCCGGAAAUGAAUCCCCGAAAGCUGCCGAAGGUUUCCGCGGGUUCACUCAGUUGGUUCGCGAAUUUCGCGACGGUUGACACAAAGAAACAGCGAGCGCAACCACAGGGGUGGCCGCUUGCUCUUCUUCCUCUUUAUUUACUCUCGUCGCGCGUGGCCCGCCGCUCGCUCCAUGUGUCUCGCCGCUUACUUCUUUCACUUAUUGGGCCACUGGCAUAGCCUGGCCUCCCCUGCUUCUGUCAGUCUCUGCUUGGCAAGCGGGCAGGCUGCACGCGUGUGAGCGCUGGCCUGACAGGCGGCGCACGUCUAUCAGCCGGCUGACAAAAGUGGCCGCCUAGGCUAGCGUGCUGGCCCGCCUUGCUGCUGCUUUCUUAGAAGCUUCAAGCAGGGGGGACGCGUGGGUAGCUCAGUGUCUUCCCACGUAGCUGCCUGCCGGUGCACGUAGCUGGCCCCCCCGCUGGGUAACUCUUGGCAGAUCGAGCCGCUUGCUUUUUUAUCUCGGGGCCGUUGCUUGGCCUGCUCGCUAUGUCCAGUCUUUGCGGGUCGUCUGGGUGUUGUGUGUAUGGGUCUGUGCGUCAGUGUGUCCAGCUGUCUAGCAUAUUUCUGGAGCAUGUCAUGGCUGUGCACAUCUAUGAAGCAAGGCAAAGGCGUGGCUUGUAAGUUAGUAUGUCUCACUCUGUGCGUGUACACUAUGCACCGGCCAACUUUGCGGCGUCGGUCUGUGUGGGUGUAUGCAUCCACGUGCUGCAUCUGCGUAGGUGUCGGCCUCUUCAUGGGUAAGCCUGUGGCUAUUCAUGUGCCACGGCGUGGGUGCUGUUAACUAGUGGACGACAGGUCGGCAGAAUCUGUCGCGCCGUAGCUUGCUAGAUUGAUGACGGGCCCGGCUGUCUGCGAGAGCGGUUAGGCACGUCCUCCCAUGCCCAUAGAUUUGCGCAUAUCUUCGCUGCGGCACUUCUCAAAGCUAGCGCAGGCUUGCGAGAUGAGUUUGCCCACGUGUCUGGAUUUCUCAGAGUGCGCUUAGGUGAGCUGAGGGCGUGGCUAUUUAUUAUUGGGGUCAUAUUGAUUGUGACUUGUCGGCAGGUUUGACAAGGGCCCGCCGUCUUUCCGUUAGUUUCUGAGAGUAUUCAUUUUCUGCACUCUGUUACAGAGCAGCUUAUAGCACGCAUGGCGCAUGGGGUGCGUGGAGCACUUGCGCCAUUCCCAGGCUUGGGCCCUUAUGCCUUCUUUUUUGUAGCUUGCGCGCGGGCGCUUUAUAAAGCACAACCAAGGCCAAGGGAGCGAAGGACUCGCCUCUUUGUUGUUUUUGUUUGGUGUCAGUGUCGCUGUGGCGUGUGGUGUCGUCUAGUCGCUGGCGAUCUCUCCUUUUUUUCUUCGGAUGUGUCCUGUGCCCAAUGAUAUGAGUCCACUCUGGGGGUGAGAGCGAGUGGCCCCGUCUGCUUUAUAGGGCGGCGCGUCCAGCCUUGCUUGGGGUGAGUAGACUAGAGAACGAAAGCAUUCCAUUAGGUGGAAGUGGGGGCUGGAAGUGGGUCAUCGCGAUCGCACUAGUUUCGUCGCCUUUACUUAGAUGCCGCGAGUAACUAGAUGACCAAGCAGGUGGCUGAGUAGAAUGGGAUGAGUUUCGAGCCCCAGACGGUUACUCGCUCCUGUCUCAAGGGUGCACUGCGAAGAAAAUCAAGGACCAGAGACACGGCUCGCAGUGUCGUACGCUCCUGCUGAGGUUUCGCGGAGUCUCAUAAAGCCGCGCCCGAAGGGCGCCGCGUAAAAAAUUAGGGUGGGCAACUCGAGCAACUCGACCCGAUACGGGUCAAAAAGUGCCUUACUCUAUUCUAGAUGUUUGUACCUUAAAAAUUCCAGACUUUUUGAUGAAGCAAAGAAACAAAUAGCGCGGCCGCGGAGAAAAGAAAAGCUGUGACUGAGUGCGCCCGACUCAGUGAUGCGCCUUAGCGCUGAUGCCUCUCACUCUCAACAGAAAGCUCACAAGAUAGAACAACAGGUAGCAGAGCGAAAGUACAUUCAGCAUACUGCGCAAGCAACAAGCAUAAAGACAAGCCUGCGGGUUUGGAAAUGCGUCAGGGUUCAUCGGUUGACUGUUGCAAGACGGAGGCUUGUGCAUCGGCGACCCGGAUAUAAGUCGCCCUUUUUGUUCGGGUCGGUUAUACAGUGACUUGAGUGCAGGUUUGCAGGCUUGCUUUUACUUAUUAUAUUUCGGACGCAUUGAGGGUCCAUCAAAUUGAGAAACUCACACGCUCAGAAGCUCAUAAACUUCGAAGGCCAUAAACUCAGAAGUUCAGAAGUCUAGAAGUUCCUAGGCUCCUAGGUUCAUGGGUUCAUGAGCCUAAGUGCCUGGGGUUCGGGUGCUUGGGGGUUCGGGUGUGUGAGGUUGAUAGUGUGGCGGAGUCGUUGUUACUUUUAUUUAUUUAGCGCUUUUUAUGGUGUUAAGGUGAGUUGCUUAAGUAGUUUAGCUAGUCUACCUCGUAUGAGCGUAUGGGCCCUUAACUACUCUGCUUCUCCAAUACGUUCCGGCGUGAAAACAAACAGGAGAGCACUGUAAACGCUUCCGGUUCGAGAUAUAUUUAGCUCUUGGUCUCGUGGUAUUAGCUAUCAUACUACUAGCAAGGCAUUGCUUGUCCUCAGUGUCAAUCAGUCAGGGAUCUAGUCCCUUCACAAUUUUUAUUAUCCACCCGCGUGAUCUCUGUGUGCCGCGCAGUAGCCGGGCACAUGACUCCGCGAGCUUUACGCUAGGCUGGUUCUGGGCGUGGCUCGCCCUUGCCGGUGGGGUGUUGCUGGUCUCCUCUCGCACUUGUUGCGAAUGCCGCCACACAUUCAUACUUCGAGCGACUUCUUUUCCUCUGUGGCGAUGGCUUUGCCACUAUGCUGCUUAGGCCUGCCGGUCUUUACUUUUACCUGGCGAAAAAUCAGGGUUCUCGAAACAAGACCGUGAGUGAAAUAACCUCCAACUGCGAACGGGCUUAAGGCUAGGCUGUGGCGUCUCCUCUUUUCGGUGUUCUUCUUUGGGGCGGGUUCUUGUACAAACCAAGCGCACGUGCUUGGCGUGUGUAGCUUGGGGCGGGUUAUUGUACAAACCAAACUACAGUCGGGCUAAUUGAGGGGUUGCGGCCUUUGUGGGGUUUAUAUGGUGUUAAGGUGAAUUGCUUAAGUAGGUUAGCUAGUCUAUCUCGUAUGAGCGUAUGGGCCCUUAACUACUCUGCUGCUGCAAUGCGUUCCCGUGACGGUGUAAAAACAAUCAGGAGAGCACUGUAGGCGUCUCCGGUUCGAGAUAUGUUUAGCUCUUGGCCUCGUGAUGUUAGCUGCCAUACUGGUAGCAAGGCUAUGCCUUGUCCCCAAUCAUUCAGAAAUCUAGUCCCUUCACAAUUAUUUAGCCCUUUAAUAUAUAGGCUUACAAUUUUCAGGGAUGAGGUGGAAAGAUGAAUAUUGAAUACCGUUAAGGCUAUCGAGGCUGGUGCGCAGGAGGAUCGUCGAAGGCUGAAUGAAAAAGUGGACCAAUUGGGCCUUUCAGUAAAAGCGCUACAGGAACAACUGCAGGAGUUGUCGACCAGGGUGGCUGCGGCUGCGGACCGCACGAGCGCGCAGGGCGCGCAGAGAGAUGACACCAGCAGACGGCUAGAGGAGUUGGAAGACGAGCUAAGAGAAGCACUACGAAAACUACCAGUAGAUGAUCUUCUUGAAGAUGAGCCGGCUAGUAAGAGGGUGGAAGGUCAUCCAGAUCCACAUCAGGAUCAGCAUCAGCUAGAAGUACGGGCCGCAUCGCAAGAGACGCAAGAUCAACUACGACAGAGGGGACAGCAGAGCAACGCCAACGUCGAUGUGAUACCAGAUUCUUCUUCUACUUCUCGAUCAGCGGAGAUCCACAUCAUCCCUUCGCCGAUGUCUAGCACGCCUUCAUUUAUCGGUUAUUCGACACUGAAAGGGCAAAUAAACGCUCAACCUCUGCAAAUAUACGUAGGGGUGGGACUAAGUGAGGUUCCACCUGCACGCGACUAUUUCAUCAAGUUCAAAGUGGAAGGUCAGAGCAGCGAACAAACAGUGUGGCCUUUGACGGAACAACUCGCGCUUCUCAAAGAUAAGGCGGUUUUGGAGAAAUUGUGCCGCCAUCAUUUCGUCGACGACGAACAAGGUACAACAAGCAAGAAAUUUGGCGUAGCCUCCAAGCAAGAGUUUGAGAAACAGAUUCAGAAAGGUGACGAGAGUAGUCCGGUUUUUCGCCACGUCAGAGUAUCAGCUUUCAGCGAAAGACUAAAUAACCACCCAGGCGCACUCUCGUAUGAUCAUGGCAUCGAUGACGAUGCGGUGAGGGAUCUCGCGCAUUUACUUGGAAGAACAUCUCUAGCUGUUGAGUUCGUAGUAGAGUGUCAAGCUGAGUCGUCCGCGACCUUGUCGUCUGGGUCCAAGACGUAUGAGCGCUACAGCUCGUUCUAUGUCAAAUUUCAGAGGAAGGAUCUUUAAAUUUUCUCUGGGACUUUCGUACGAUCGGAAGAUACCGAUUCAAUUUCGAUAUUAUAGAUUGUGAAACACCGUGUCCAAGUUCAAGGCGAUCAGUGCCAUUAGAACAGUGAUGAGCACGUUCGAAGAUCUUACAACUUUUCCAGUGUAACAUCUCUGUUCUGCUAUUUUUGAGACGAAAAGGCGAGCGUGAUGGUCCUCUUGGUUCGUCCAUUGAAAUGGAUGCGAGAAAACUUGCACAGCUCCAUCGGUGUUCAAGAGAACUAUGGAAAACAAGGAGAACAAUACUUGCCCCCGAGAGAGAAGAAGAAUAAAUGAGGCAGAGGCCAAAAUGUGACAAAUUGUGUAUAAUCAGAAAAAGUGCAGUAUUCAAGUUCUUAUCAACAAGAAGAAGAACAAGGACGUGCCUGUAGAUGAAGGGAUUUAGUAUCAGUGAAUACAACAUAUUUUCAGGAAAAUAAAGCUACAUUGAUCGAGAUCUUGCUCCAAAUAUCCUUACUUUUCCUUGAGGUCUUCUAAAGAUGUCGUCUUCGUUCUCGUCUAGUAAUAACGCAACUUCUGGUUCUGCUAGCUGCCGCAGGGAAGAGAAAAUUAUGGUCCGCUUCUUCCUUUUGGCUCGUGAGACACGGGAUGUGCUCUCCGAGAUCCAGGAUGGACACGCAUCUGCACUGGCGGUCGAAGCUGCGCGACUUGAGGAGCUGCGGAGUGAGAAAGAAGGACGACGCACGACGUCUCACGCGAAAAGAUGCUCUUCCGGAGAAGAUGAAGAAGUGGGUUCGAUCGUGCAAGAUGGCAACUACACGUCUGCUGAAAAGAGAUACACGGGUGGUGGGGAAACACGGGUUUCGUUUAGUGUUUCGUCUCUUGCUGCAGGACGUGAUGAUGGCUUGUCCUUGGAGCAGAAUGAAAAACUACAGCUGUAUACUAGUUCUUCUAUUGAAGAAGAAGAUAUAAACAUCGAUCUGCUUGUUCGCGACGGUUUCGCGAAUAAGCUCGAAGACGAUGUUGGAGAAGCGACCACCAACGAGAAAGACAGGAUGCUUUUGGCAUCUGGCGAUCCAGAGUUGAUAGUAGUUCUAGAACGCGAGCUUGAAGCUUGGAUGCAACAAUUUGUUGGGUUUUGGUGGAGCAGAGGCUGGAACAGACAGUCCAUGUCCAACUAGGAAGAUAGGAAAGUCCUCAGAAGAUGGUUAUGUGGGUGAUGGCGGUGGUCGUUCAUCAACUGCAGGACAUCUUUUGAGCAGCAACACAGCUUCGAAUUCAAUCGGUGGCUUGCUCGGUGCAUCUUCAUCUUCAGCUACGAAUAGUGUCAAGGACCACAUGAAGGCGGGAACGAGCAGUAGUUUAAGGGUACCGUCAACCCAUUCCCCACAGCAUCUUUUAGCCAGUUUCUACUUGAAAAGAACUGAAAGAUGUUCUAAAAGUCGGGCUGUUGGUGCCUCUAAGUAGUAGUACUAGUACUAAAAGGACUAAAAACCUCCUCUCUAACAGCAGCAAUACGAAAAAAAUCGAUCCUCGCAUGGAAGAGUUAUCGCGGACAUUCCACCAGGUCAAAUCGCAUUGAAAGCAGGCGUACAAUUAAGCCAGGUGAAGAACGUGUGCAUUUUGGGUAGCCAUAGUUCAUCAACGCAGUACCCAGACGUCUGCCAUGGGACGAUCAAUGGAGUUCCGGUACUUACAUCUAUGUAAAUGAUCUUCUAGUAGAAUAAUCUUCUAAUAUGAGUUCUCGUUAGAAAAUGAAAGUUGCACUCCAUGUACGAGUAGCAAGCUUGUUCAACCUCCAGCUUCAAUUGCCUCCAUUUUGACAUCAAUCACCAAGUUGUGCACCAUCUAUAAUUCGUUAUCUCCUCAUGAUCUUCAAUCCGCAACCUCAUCAUUUUCGCACUUCCACUUAGUGAAUGCAUUAUCCAAAACGCACACUACACCUAUUAGCUUGAGUCCGCGCUCGCGAAGGACAUUGCUUGGCUGAGGGGGGAUUUCAUUUCUAUGAUCCAGACGCGUGGUGCGGCCAUUAUCAACGCGCGGAGGGCGUCUAGCGCACUUUCAGCAGCAAGGGGGAUCUCGAACCACAUGCACGAUUGGAUCUGCGGAACGGACGUAGCUGGAGAGUUCGUCUCCAUGGCUGUGUUCACCGACGGAUCGGAUGGGUAGUUGUGGUUCUACUGUUCUGCUAGAACUAGAAGUUCCCUCCAGCACACUUACUUUCUUACGUACUUCUACAACUGAAUAUUAGAGUAAUAGCAUUCAACUCGUCCCUCAUCAAACCUACGACCACCAAACACAGAUACGGCGUCGACAAGGGUCUGAUCUAUUCCUUUCCGGUGAUGUGCAAAGGAAAGGGCGAGUACGAGAUUGUCAAGGGAUUGCCAUUUGAUGAUUUCUCAAGGCAGAAGAUGAAGGCAACGGAACAGGAGCUCAUCGAAGAACGCACUUUGGCGUUCUCGCUCGUCGGUUAAGAUACGUUUAGUACGGUCUGCUGCUAGUCUGCUGCUUCCCUCCUGAUAAUGGGUGGUGUGGGAGAUUGAUAUAAGUAGAUACAUCGUUCGCUUAAAAAUGAAUUUAAAUUUAUAGCUCUAGUUUUAGUGUAGUUAUAGAUUGAGAUGAAGUAGACGAUCUACUACUGCUGUUACACUACUAGAUCAGGAGUUCCAGUUCAAGUUUUCUACAGGUUGAUGAAAAAGUCAGAUGUUAUUCUUCAUGUUCUUUAGAGUUUUAACAUCAAGUUCAAGGUCAAGCCAUAGGUUCUAGUGUAAAAAAUUCAAAAAAAACGCUAUACCAAUUUCAGAUUGCUGGGUGAUCUGGUGCGUGCUUCCGAAUAGUUGUAGAGGUAGCACUAUAACUAAAUGUCAUCAUGUACAACUCAUACUAGGAGAAGUCUGAAUCUCCGAUGAAUGUGACUGCAAUUCGCGGUCACUUUUUUAGACCUCUGCCAACCCUUUCAAGAAAACAAGAGAUUCUUCAUUUUUUCGCUCCUAGCUUCCUUCCCUAUUGAUGAUUAAUGAUGAAGCACCAAAGAACCCACUUCAUUUUCCAAAUUAAGCAAGGUCCCCUUUUCCAAACAUUCUGAAACGUUCUAUGACAUAGUUUUGUCUUAUCGUCAUCUAGUUUCACCUUUCCCCUCAGAGUGUUCGAGUAGAAAAUGCUCAGGGGAACGAACUUCUGGUCACAACUACGCAAUAAUUUGAUGAACCAGCCACUAAGAUGGAGAAGAACUCGCUACGCAAUAGUCAUCACUUCUAGGAAGAACCGAGGACACAGCCACACACUAGUACCCGCUGCACUAGUAUUCUCCUUGCUUCACCAGAAGUUGAACUUGAAAUUCAUCAACAUAGACAAUAAUUUUUAUUUUCGCUCAAGAUAUAAUUCAUUGUUUGUUGCUUGUUUUGAUGCGCUCCGGGCGACGCGUACGAUCCCGCCGGAUUUCUUUGCGCUCUGUGUGUGUAGUGCUAUGGUUGUCAUUGUGGUCGACUAUGGUAUGUCCGGUCGCCACAGUCCCCGCCAGCUGCGGCUUUUGUGGCAUGCCGGGCGCGGUGUGCUGCAGGCGGCGGCGACUGCGCGUAGGUAGCGCCUGGCGGUGAGGCGCGACCGGGUUUGGUUGACGUUGUUGCGGCCUGCGUGCACUGUUCUUCGCGUACUCGUUUCGUCUUCGUUCUUUUUGUCUUCGCGUGUUUCCUUUCUUGUCUCCUCCCUGCUCGUUCUUUGUUCGCCACCACCUAUCUCGGCCCCCGUCCUAUCGUAGCCGGCAGCGAUGGGUUUACCACAGCGGCCGCUACUCGUUUACCCUUGUCUCCACUGGAGGCGUGGCGGCUGCGCCCGCAAGGACGCACCGCCGAAGCUGUUCGCGAAGUCGCGGAGGUAUGGGAUGAGCCGCUUCGGGUUCGACGCAGCCGCCCCAGCAUUCGCUGGAACCCCGUGGGCCUCUACUAGAGCCUGGAGCGCGGGGGACUCUGGUAGGUGCUGCGUGCUUGCCGCACGGCCAGGGCAAAACGGGCAGCCAACGUCCUCCCCGGUGACUCCGCUCGCCAAGCGUCCCAGCCUGCCUGAAGGCAUAGCGUCGCCGCUCGUCUUCCCGCGAGCACGUUACGCCUCGCAGGAGGUCCUUGCCGCAGCUGCCUGUGUCUGUUACGGUCUUGGCCGUCUUGCUCCUUGUGCGUGCUGCUCCGCUUAUCUGGCGCAACUUGGCCACGCGAGGCGCCCUCGCUGCCUCGGUGCGGUAUUGCCUGUGGCCGAUCGCUUGUCCCGUCUCUCUCUGCGGGGAAGUCCGAAGGGCUUGCUACUCCGGCUAGUUGGUCAGCGAUCUCGUUGCCGGUGGCGCCUGAGUGCCCGCGGGUGAGUCCCAGCUCUAGUCUGCCCGCUGGUCCGAGUCCUGCCAGGGCAGCGCGAAGAGCCGAGUACAGGGCUGCGUCGUUGUCGUUCCUAAGCGCUGGGUUUAGGAUCGCGCGCAAGUUGGGCUGGCUAUCGGUUAUGACGGCGACCCUUUGGCCAGGGGUAGCCUUGGCGCCUAUUCCCCACAACGUCGCCUCGAUUGGCGAUCCCUCCACAUCGAAGCAAGGAGUCACACAGCGGCCCGCAGUCCCAGGCGGGGCCGAAGUAUCCAGCGCUACUGUACCAGAAAGCCGCCGCACCACCUCGAAAAUCGGAGACCGGCCCGUCCGUGUAGACCGUCGCGCCUGCUUUGUUUGCUCAAAGCGUCGACGAGUGCGGGGCGGGGCGCCACCUGCUGCGCUUGGCUCGACGAUGAGGCGCCCGCCCUCCUGCGCCACGUGUACGCUAGAACAGCCGCCACCCGCAUGCGCGGCAACCGCUGGCGGCGCGGUCGACUUUGCUGCAUGCGAUGCUCCGCACUGGGUGAUCUUUCUCCCGGUCUGGAUCCAUCCGACCCCGGGGCGCCUGUCUACUACUAGAUAUAAUUCAUCUAAUGUUAAAGAUAGCAUGAAAAGCACUUUCUUACGCGACUUUUUCUCAUAGCUUUUUACAUGUUUGCAUUUUACUUGUGGUAUUCCCAUGAUUCGCUUUCGCGCAGACGCCAAUUGAUUGAUUGACGCCACGCCAUAUUGAAGAACCGAGAUUUUGAGAACGCAAACAAUCAAUGAAAGCACGCAAGAUAUAGGCAUAGGAGAAAAUGAACUGCCUCCGAAGUCUGUCAGCCAGUUUCAAUAAAGACCAAAAGAAUGGACGAGGAGUCAUGGUUUACUAGGUCUGGCACCUCCUGUGUUUCGUUGUAGUUGAGACUGAGGCGAAAAUGGGUUUGCUUGCUUGCGUUGAGUUGAAAAAGGACAGUUGAAAGACGGUCAAAAAUUGUCGUGGGAGGAGAAAUGCAAAAACCAAAAAUUAUUCAUCAAAGCGAAAGUCACUGAGAGGGAUCCCCAAAACACGCCCCUCUCCCUAGCCAAAGCGGACACUCACCCUACGUAUAAGACGCCUCUUCCCGGUCCCUUGCGCCUCCUUUAAUCGAUGUUGACGUGGUUACGGUUGUCUCAAUAAAAAUGUGUUAUGCUACCCCAUUUGUCAGGACGACGUAAUCAGAGUGUUGUUUUCUAUAGCUCUUACGAUCAUGAUGAACCUCUUUCCUUGAUAUCGCUUCAUUCAUCAAAUGAAAUCAUACAUUGAUUAAUGUUUUAUGCUUCUACGUAGAUUAUCUACUAGGUUAGGUAGUCUUCUUUUGCCUCAUCUACUUUAGAUGGACCUCGAUGUCAUCUAACUAUUCACACGACAAGAAAAACAUGACAUAAUCUCUUUGCAGAGCAGAGGCAGACACACCCUGAGCGAAGGAGCGGUAGCAAUCGAGGGAAUGCUGCUGUUCCCCUCUCUGUUCCGGUGGCCUCAAAAUGUCAGUGCACUACAUUCUCGCCGAGAGCGUAGAGGUGGACUGCUGUGGCGAGUGGCCCCAUCUGCUUUACGAUCGGGUGGAACAGUAGCUCUAGGACUAGCGUCGGCAUUUUCGUUGACCCCGUUGCACAUCGGUCUUUGUUAUGCUGCCGCGAGGCAGAUGAAGCACAGGGAUGAUCAGGGUGCAAACCUCUCUGAUGAUAUUUGGAUUUUCAAUCAUUGUUCUAACCCUUUGCAGUGUCGUUGAAGUAGUCAAUGUUGACUUAAAAGGCUGUUGUAUUUAUUAGCCAUUUUUGAGAAGUCCUCGUAUGUUUAGUCAUUUCUUUGUUGCAUUAGUAGUGUGAAAAUAGAUCCUUUUGUUUUCAUACCUACCAUCAAUAUCAUUCAUUGAGCCUCCAAUUCUAUAAUAGAUACUCCAUGGGACCGGGAACCGCCUGACAUCAAUGGCGGUGGUGAGGCAGCCGACACCGAUAUCCCAGAAGAUGAAGAUCCCCAUAAGGCCGCGAGUUUUGUCGUUCUGUCAACGGGUGAAGUAGAGCGACCCAGCAAAGCUGCGGCGGGCGACAUUGAGGCGCAGAUCAAAAAAGUAGCCGAAAUGAUUAUUAAGGCUGUAGCAACUUCGUCUUUCACUGCAUCCGCGAAUGUUGGACCACAAGGGCACAGGCUGCUAAGGUAA